GUUGCUUCUUCGGCAGGAGAAAUUCUCCAGGCAUUCAUGGAUCUGGAGGGAGCAAUCGACGAGGACUGGAUCUCUUCCUCGUACGAGUCGAUCGAGCAAGUUGGCAGACUCAUCGGCAUUCAGAGAAAAAAUCCCCCCUGGAUCCCGCAGACCUCCGCUGCUGUUGCUCUUCGACUGAUGGUCUUUGACUCUUCGAUCGCCUACACCGAAGAACAAAAGCAGCAGCUCAUGGACAGGCAACGAAGAGUUCCAAUGAGAAGAUCGAAAGGAGAGGCCCGCGAAGUUUUAUACGAGGCUGGUAGUACUAGGCCGGCAGAAGGAGAGGAAGACAAAGAGACCAAGGAGGCAGAGUUUAAUUCCCAAGAGGAGGAGCUACCACCACAGUUUUACGAGAGGAGUGGUGGUGACUUUGGAGCUCAUCCAUCUUGGAGCGCUCGGCAAGAGAGCGCCGCCGUUCUACUGGAAGAGGAAGAAGAAGAUGAUGAAGACGAAGACAAGAGGCUGGCAAUGAAAGCUAGUGGCGAGAGUGACGAUAGCUCGCAGAUGAACUGGGAAGGCCAGGAUUCUUUCGAGGAGCUCGAGCAGCCAGGCCAUGGAAGCCUCCAUCAUCUGGAAGAGCUGGAGAUGGAGGAGGAAGAGGAUGGAUUGAUGUUGGAAGAGGAGGAGGAGCUGAGUGACGAGGAAGAGGAGAGCGAGGAGGAAGAGUUCCAGCAGGAAGCGUCGAGCAGUGAUACGGACGAAGAGCAAAACAAGCACGACAACUUGGUGGUGGCCAAGAACUUGAUCAACAUCAAUGCGAGCUUGGAAGAAAGCGGUGAUGAUCUUCAUACUGCUGCUGCUGCUAGCAAGAUCAAUGGGGGUUCCAGCGAGAGAGUUGUAAACUGCGGCUUGACAAGCGAGUUAGAGUUUGAGCGGGGGACGUAUGAGGAGUGAGUGGAAGUUUUACUUUCUCCCAUACAGCGAAGGUGUCUCUCUUCUCGGCGUACAGUUUGAUUUGUGAAUUCAACCCUGACUUUUGUAUGUAAUUUCUUCUAGGAAAAAAGGUUUCUUUAUUCUAUGAA